AUGGCGGCGGCAGGGAGUUCAUCAUCUCAACAAGAUUCAGCUUUAUUAAACACUCAUUUUUGUUUAAAUGAUAUUGACAAAGGCAAUGUUUCUUUUGCUAAAACAUCUAACUCUCAUGUUGACAUCUCUGGUAUUUGUUCAAGCAUUACAGCAAAGAAUUUAAAAUCGUUUUUGCAAACACUUCACCAUGUAUACAAGUCACCGUCAAAUGAAAAGACCAUUUUGCAAUUGGUUUCCAAUGCAUUGGUGGACGAAAACAAAUGUGACCUUAAAGAUGAGUUUUUGCAAAAUAUUUUACGUCUGAUUGAAGAUUGUUUUGUACGGGCUGAAGACGAAAAACAUCCGCAAAAGAAAGCAAUACGUCUUGAAAACGAAUUCUGUGAGAAACGGUCCUGCAGUUUUUAUCAUUAUUGUAUUAAACAGUCGUGGGAGAAACUGAUAUUCAGUGAUGAAAUAACUGAAACUGAUAUAUAUAUGGAAGCUUCAGAACAAUUACUGCAACAGGUUCUUCAGUACUUUUGGUCUUCGUACGCCGUACGAUGACAUUCGUGUAAUUACAGUUGAAAACGAUGAGAAAAGUGCUGAAGAAUCUGUAACAGAUUGUGAUGACAGUGAGUUUGCGAGUAUCAAAAAUCAUGCUGGUUGGGUGAUCAAGCGGGCAAGGGAAACGAUUUCAAAGGGUGAAAGUGACAGCUUGAAAGUAAUGGAGACGGAGGGUGGGCCAAGCGUUGUCUGUGGAGAGAAACAUAAAGCACUGGAACUGAUUUCUACAUUGGGGAAAGAUUUUAAGCAAGCUGAUGGGAAGUUUAGAUUUAUUGUUUACGAACAUAUUGUUCCACUUUUUCUGUUUUUACAUAACCUUAUAGAGAGUAUUAUAACCCCCAAUAUCGCACUUCAGAAAGGAAAAAUUUUAAUUAAUGGCUUAGAAAAACUGGCUGCAAAUAAGGUGCUAAGAGAAAAAUGGAAAGAUCUAACAUCUCUGCGAUCAAAUGCAACAUCCGUUGUUGUCCUCCAACGGAUUGUAACUUUUUUCCUAAAAUCAAAACAGCAAAUGAUUCGCGAAAAAAUGAGGGCUUAA